AUGUCGCCCUGCUAUCUUCGGCCAGCCCAAGUCCUUUUGCCAAAGGCAAAGAUGUGGCGAAAAGACGGGAGCAGCGACCAAGCACCGACCUUAGUGGAAACUCGCACGCGUUCCACGGGCACCAUUUGGGCUGCCUUCCGGGUGCCUCCCUUGCGGCUGGAGCUUCAGCGCUGCAUUGGGGAUUGGAGGCUUGAUUGGUGGAUGUGGUUGAUCUCUGUCCUUUUGGUUUUUACCUUUGCCAGCUACGACAUUGACAACCAGCUCACAAAGGAGAAGGACGUGUACUACAUCAAAAAGAUCAUGGACAUGAUCGACAGCUACCCGUGGCAUUGUGCUUGUGGCCGCCUCAACGGCAAGCGCCACACGCAUUGCCCUGCUUGCAAAGGGCACUGGAGUGCUGGGACUCCCCACAGCAACGAGCCCAAAAGUCCUCGGGUGUAUCACAGCAGCACCGAGUACAACACAGGCUGGGAUUGGACGAACAAUCAGCAGAAAGCCACCAAGAAGGGCAAGAAGAAUCAGCGUUGGAGGAGCGAGAGUGCUCGGAGAUCGGGCAAAGGCAAGGGAAAGGGCUUCAAAGGUCAGGAUGCAACAUUGCCCUCACCUUUUGCGCAGCCAGCGCCACCAGCCAUCCCUCCUUGGCCCAAUCCCGAAGCUACCACGGCACAGCAACAAGCGCCUAUUGCGCCUGCAACCAGUGCUGCCCACCAUGCAGAACUACUUUCGGCUGUCAGGAAGCACUAUCCGGACCUUUCGCAGGCACCGGAGGACAUCCAGAAAGCAGUCGACAAAUCAGAAAAAGCCACCACGAAGGUUUUGACAUCAGAUUUGAACAAGGCUUCCAAACAAGUUGGAAAAGCUGCCAGACAGCUUUCCACAGUCAAAGAUGCUCGAGCUCUUCACAGACAGAACUGGCUGAAACAUCUCCGAGACUCAGUUGCGAGCUGGCAGAAGCAGCUGCAGUUGUUCAAAGACCAGCAGAAGGAGCACGGAGAGCAACUCACCAAAGCGCAGAAGGAGCUCAAUACAGCCAGGCGGCAUUUGCAGAAUCUGAACAAGCAGGCAGCCGAGAUCGGUGCCCCGGUGUCAACCGAAACAGGAGAGGUGAUGGCCAAUCCUGCAGAUCAAGACAAUUGCCCCAAUUUCGAAGCGGAAGCUCAAGCGCUAGUGCAACAAGUCCAGGAAUCUCUCGAGCAGAGCAUCGCAGCAGCCUCAGCCGACAAGCCUGUCGAGCUCAUGUCGGACGAGGAGGAGGAAGAUGCAGAUUUGUGUCUUCGGAACAACCUUCAUGAGCCACUGAUGGAAAAGAAGGCGACUGAGGAGGCUGAUGCCUAUUGCCGCAAUCAUUGCCGCGAUGCAGCAAGCCACUCAGACCUUCGCACCCUUAUUCGCUGCCAUUCCAUCCAUUGGGAUCCCAAGUUCAUUUCGGAACCUGUUGCGCUUGGAAGGGCCACACUUUUGAGAAGCGAAGUGCUCUCCUAUGUGAACCCAGCAACAAUUGUGCGACCCCAUUUGGAGCCAAAAGCCAACCUCAAAUCUUGUAUCAAAAAUUGCAAUUGGAUGCAACGGAAGCCUCGUGUUACCUUUCUUCCAUUUUGCGAAGUGAUUGACAGUUUUUAUCCACCUCGACUUCAACCACAUGGUGAUGAAGGCCAACAAAACAUCAAGGUGUCAGACUUCCAUGAUGAGCUUCAUGAUGACUCUUCAUUCAUGGCCAGAAGACCAAGGCUGAUCCAACCGAGUGACAGCUCUGAAAUUGACUCUGACUUUGAUGAUCAGGCACCCACUUCACCUUCGUCUUUCCCGGAGCACCAUGCCUGGCAAUCUGCUCAUGUAUAUGAUCUGAAAGCCAACUACGGUCAUGGGCGUGUCCAUACCACUCCUCCAGAAGCAGUCUUCUCGGAUAUCAGAAGACUUCUAGGAUAUUGUUUCCAUGACGUGGCCGACAUUUAUGACAUCAACCCACCGCCUGAUGACUUGCGUGCUGCCAACACUGCACCAUUUCUUCUAUUGGCUCAUGAUGAUGUCAGAUUUGGUGACAACAGGCGUGCUAUCCUGGUUGACGUCGAACUUCAUGGACCCAAUUGGGAUUCCACCAUUGAAAUUGACAGAUACACCACGUUGAUUCCCACACCUAUUCACAGGUCACUGAUUUUGAAGAUUGCUGGAGUACUUCAAUACUGCACCACCAUGAAGAACAGAUGUCUUCUCUGGCACAGAGGAUCGCUCAUCCCUGCCAAAAGUAAGGGCAACAUUGACCUGCAUCAUGGAGAUUAUGUGCGUAUUGCGGUGCCGCCUUUCCAGUAUGAGAAUGUCCGCUGGAACAACUUUCGGAAGAAAGUCGACCACUACAACUUGACCAAUUCUCACAACACUGGAAGCGUGAUCUUGAAGCACUAUGGCAGGCAGAGCAGCCAAUUCUUGUGGCUGCACCGCUCCUGGCGGACCAAACUGACUUCACCAUUGCACUUUUCGAGCAUUGGGAUGUUCAUGCCAGAGUUGGGCCAGGGAAUCUUGAGACACCCUUGGAAUGAGUGUGCUGAUGCACUUGCGGGUUGGGCUGCAUCCCACCCUGACAGAGCUGGCUGGAGCACCUUCUGGGAAGUUUGGCUCAAUGAUGAGGACAAGCUCUGCGCUUUGCAAUGGAUUUGGUAUGCCGAGCUGAUGCAAUGCAAUGACCCAAGAGUACCUCGACUCUUCAAUGGUAAUUUGAUCAGCCUUGUGCCACGCAUCCCAAUCGAUGAGCAUGACUUGAAUGCCCCUGGUUCUGCUGAACCAUUGGCAACAAGCAUAUCGGUGAACCUCACCAUUGCCACUGCGAAUGUCCUGACGCUGGAUCAGAGCUCCAGUUCAACUUCGGUUACUCGACAGCUUUUAUUGAUGCAACAAUUUCAUCAGGCCCACUGCACGAUUGUUGGAGUCCAAGAGACCAGACACCGGCAUUUAGCAGGGCACAACAAUGAGCUCUAUCACAUCUUUGGACAUUGUGCUGAUGAACGUGGCCAAGAUGGUAUUCAAUUGUGGAUCUCCAAACAACUGCCUUACACAAGUGAAGGUGAUCGAAUUGGCAGAGAAGACGUCCGCAUUUUGGAUUCUGGCCCCAGCUUCUUAGUUGCCAAAAUCAAGACCACCAGAUGGACUUUUAUCGUUGUCACAUGUCGAGCACCACAUUCAGGACGACCACGAUAUGAAGCAGUCAAUUUUUGGCGUCACCUUGACACCUUGUUGAAAAAGAAAGGAGGAGGACACCCCAUUUUCUUCUGUGGAGAUACAAAUGCUCAUCUUGGGGAGGUGAUUACAGACUCAGUUGGAGACUUUCACCCAGUAUGCGAGAAUCAAGCAGGACAAGUUUUUCAUGAGUGGCUUCUGCAGUAUGAACUCUUUGUACCAGCCACUUUCUCUGAUCAUCAUCAAGGCGAAAGCGCCACGUUCUGUUCUCCGCAUGGCCAUGAAACAAGGAUUGACUACGUUGCGCUUCCACUGUCCUUGAGCUAUGACAAGCUUGUCUCAAGGGUUAGUGAUGAGAUUGAUUUAUCAAUUGCCAGAUGUGAUCAUCGAGCUGUCAUUUGUCAAGUGCAUUUUGUAACAGCUUCUCGACAAGAUCGACCUCGCUCUCGAAAUGUGCCACUUGAUGUUCAUGACCUGACGCGCAAUUUAGCACAUGCAGAAUAUCAACAUUUUCUGCAUUCAUCGAUCACAGUCCCCAACUGGAGCCUUGAUCCCCACUCGAGUGCUGCAUGGCUCUCUACAUCUACUUCAGCAGUUCUACCUCAACUGGCCAAACCUCGAGUCCAAUGGAGACGAAAAUCGCAUAUCUCAACCGAAACUUGGUGCCUUGUCGAUCAGAAGAAGAACCUGUUCAAGCAGUUGAGAGCUCUCAAGAAAGCCAAGCACCAAACGAUUUUGCGAGCAUGCUUUGUUGGAUGGAGAACAUGGCGUUGCGAUGCCGGACAUAUUGCCCAGUUUGAACGCGACCUACCAGUUUGGUUUCGCCUUCAUGACCUCUCUGUUGCAACCACGCAACGAGAUUUUAAAAAUGCAGCGCAAGCAGCACAAAAGGCGAUUCGACAUGAGGAUGGAAAAUUCUAUCAGCAGAUCGCUGAUCAAACCACAAGAACUUUUCCUGCAGAGGGUCUCAAUGGAUCACCUUUAGCUGACAUCGGGUUCAACUUAAUGAUGUCGGCUUUGCUCUCUGAAAUUCAAGCAGGUCUCAUGCAGAUUGAGGACUGCACACAGGGAGCUACAGAACUUGGAACGUAUGUGCCGCCCAUUGCAUGGAUGGAUGACGUGGCAAUUUGCCUGACCACUUCGCAAGCUAUCCAGCUGGUGCCACUGAUUCAAGACACCACAAAAAUUGUGCAUGCGGCCUUCAGAAAACGUGGCUUGACGCUCAACCUUGACAAAGGCAAAUCCGAGCUCAUUGUGAUGUUCCGAGGUCCUGGUGCAGUUGCACAAAGAACUCUCCUUUUCGACAUCGAGAACCAACCAAGGGUCACUACGACCACUGAAACCCACAUUUUGAGCAUGAGGGUCAUAUCAUCAUAUCGUCACCUUGGGGUGAGGUUUGCCAUGAACUUGGACUACGAUCGGGAAGUGAUUGCGAGGGUAGGUGCAGCGCACCAAGCCUUCGCACAAAUGCGGAAAGCCAUUUUUUGCAACAAAGCUAUACCACUCCCUGGUCGGCUUGUGCUUUUUCAGAGUCUUGUACUUUCUCGACUGCUGUAUGGGUGUGCCGUUUGGGCUGAGCUCUCUGCAGCAUCGUACCGGAAGCUUGAGGCGACAGUCACUGGCUUCUACAGAAGAAUUUGCAAUACAGGUUUCUGGUCAUCUGACCACCUCACUGAUCAAGCAUUUUUGCAAAGUAGCAGAUUGGUCUCAUUCCGCAUCUUCUGGGCUCGGCAUCGCCUUUGCUAUUUGCACCACCUUGCCAGCCAUGGACAUACCUUUCACAAAUCGUUACUCCUUAUGGAGUUUCAAAAUGAGAAGGGUUGGCUUUUCGAAGUUGCAGAUGAUCUUCGAUGGAUGGCCAAAUUCCAUGAACUGCCGUUUGACAUACCUGUUGAUCGCGCUGGUUGGAUCUCAGCUUGGAGUGCUCUUCGCGAUUGCAGACCAUGGCGCAAAUGGGUUGUGACAGCAGUUGCGAAACAUCUCGAGCAGGAGAAGAUCGCGUAUGAGAUUGGUUUUUACCAUCGCCAAAUUCAGACGGAACUUGAGGAGGCUGGCAUGGAGCUGGCACCAGCACCAUCUUCUCUAGAUGCGCGCAAGCAGAAGAUGGUUCGUCGAGAACUGCAGCAGGUGUGGGACGAAGGUCAACCAGACUAUGCAUGGUGGGAACCUAACCAAAGCACUGAACUCACUGCCAGAUGUCAUCAGGCAUUUGAUGAUUGCCUUCAGCGAUGGUUUGCUGGCGACCAACCUGACAUUGUGAGUUUCCACAACCUCUUCUUUGCCACCAUGUUUUCCCUGGACAUUCCUGAAUUUCAAGCUGCUAGGCUAUUUAUUCACUGGUCUGAGACAUGUUUUGCUGAUUUUGUGCCACAUGAAGACCAACUGGAUUACAUGGCAGCACUGGAUGAAGCGAUGAUGACGCUGCUCGAAGAUUUGCAUAUCUGGAAGUUGCGGCUCCGCUACCACCAAUUGCAAAGACAGCUUCUCUUUCUGGAGCAAGAGGAGGACGAACAGAGGCACAAUGAUGCCCCUCAGGAUGUGAACAAGCGCAAAGCACGACUCCAUCCCAUUGAGACGUGUUAUGACCAGAUGAAGGAGCAGGAGCUACAGCGACGUGCCUGGAGAAUGACAACAAGGCCAAAUCGCAGAGCUGCCCCUGUGCAGGGCCCCUACUUCGUCAUCCACUUCUACGCUGGCCGACGUCGAGAAGCAGAUUUUCACUUUUAUAUGAGCAAGCUCAUUGCCGAUUGCCCGCAGGCGUGGGCGAAUCAUAUCACUGUGAUCUCGCUGGACACUGCUAUUGACAGCAGUAUGAACGUCCAUUCUGAGCGUUUGUGGAGCUGGCUGUUAUCAACAGCCAAAGAGGGACGAAUUUUGGGCUUCCUGUUAGGACCUCCCUGCGAAACAUGGAGCAGUGCCAGACACGAGCUCAACCAUGCGGAUGAUGGAGCACUUCUUCAAGGACCACGACCUCUACGACAUGCAGAGGCUUGCUGGGGCAUCCCUGGACUUUACCUGCGAGAGUUGAAACAGCUCUCUGUGGGCAGUUGCCUUUUGUUGCGUGGCCUCUGGUUGUGCAUCCCCAUCGCAUUGACAGGUGGGGCAGUGAUGUUGGAACACCCGGCACCACCUUACCAGGAAGACCGGCCAUCCAUUUUCCGUACAGGGCUGGUCACACUGCUUCUACGAGAAGGAUGGCUUUUCAGAAGACACACGUUUCAACAAUGGCGCCACGGCUCCAAAGGGGUCAAACCAACGACCCUUUUGUUUGCCAACAACAAGAUUCCGGAUGUGCUGGCGGAAUUUGCUUUGAGAGGCAUCGAGCGACCAACUGAAGCCUUGAUUGGACGCAAUGAAAGUGGCAAGUUCAAGACAGAGGUUGCGAAGGAGUAUCCCAGCAACCUGUGUAGUUGUUUUGCCACCGCAAUUUGGCGGCAUAUCGAAAAGCUGCCCCUUGGCAUUGAAGGCGAAGCUCCUUCAUGCUUUGCAGUUGAAUUGGCUGAUGCCUCUGCCCGGGUGGAUCCCGACAGAAGCUAUUUGCCGGAUUACCAGCCCCAAUAA